CAGAGUGAUGUACAGGAGAGCUAAAAAUGAAGCAGGUUGUGAAGGAACAGUUCCCACCAGCCACAUUCAGAAAAGCUGUCGGAACGUUGCACCUGUGGAAAAUUCCAGCGAAUUGAAUCUUAUGCCCAAAUUAUGUUUGUUCAUUAGCUCCCGCAUCAGUUAACAUGUCUGUUCCAUUAUGCGUAUUUUUCUUUAAGUAUUUUGUGCCACUUUUCAUGUGGACCCAAAGUGGGGUGAUUGUUUGAAUGAUUGUGAUUCCAAUUAUUACCAAAAUAAUCAUGACUAAUAAUUUUUGCAUAGUCGAGCAGCCCUUAUAGCCCUGUAAGGGCUCUAUUUUUCUUGGCAGCACAUUGGAGGGAGUGUCGCUGGAAAUGUGCCUGAGGGAGUCACAAUUUGGUGGCAGAAAGUCGAGCUAAAUUUAGACCACGUCUCAAGUUACAUUCUUACCCAAACACUAACCUGUCGCCCUCCAAAUGUUUGUCUCUACUUCUUUUCCAAAGCACUACAAAAGCAAAAAACUAUGGUGUAUUGUCUCAUCAAGUCACAAUUGCAGCCAUAAGUCGUACAUGAAAAAUAAUUAAGUUAUGGAAUGAUUGAAAUACAAAUUAUUAAGCUUUUUACUGCUGAAAUUGGCUAAAUAAGUAAAGAAUCGCUUUAGUAAUGGCCAAAGAGCCGGAACCUUUCUCUCUGCACACACGGAUUAUUUGUUUGCUGCACUUGAGCGUGUGUCACGGCCAAAUAGUUCCUGAAAACACAGAAAGGCCUCCCGUCUUAUAGACACUAAACUCUUCAUUGCUAACAAACUCGUCGAUAUUUAUGUUCUUUUAACGAUGGAGGAGAAUAGCGAUGUCUUUUAUCGGAAGCUCCCAAAAGUGGAGCUCCACGCUCACCUUAACGGGUCGGUGAGCUUCCAGACCAUGGAGAAGCUCAUUAAACGUAAGCCACAUCUUAACAUUGAACAUCACAUGACGGCCAUCGACAAAGGCCAGCGGAGAACGUUGGAUGAGUGCUUUCAGGUCUUCAAGGUCAUUCAUCAGUUGGUGGACACGGAGGAGGACAUCCUGAUGGUGGCGACAGAUGUAAUCAAAGAAUUUGCUGCAGACGGCGUCAAAUAUUUAGAGCUGAGGAGUACACCAAGAGAGGAGAAGAAAACAGGGUUGACUAAAAAGAACUAUGUGGACACUGUAAUAAAAGCAAUCCAGCAGUGUAGAGAGGAGGUGGACAUUGAUGUCAGGUUUCUAGUAGCCAUCGAUCGCAGAAAUGGGACCGAGGUUGCCAUGGAAACGGUGAAGCUGGCCGAGGAGUUCAUGCUGUCUGCUGAUGGGUUGGUGGUUGGACUUGAUCUCAGUGGGGAUCCGACAGUGGGCCACGGUAGAGACCUGCUUCCUGCCUUACAACGAGCAAAGAACAGUGGACUCAAGUUAUCGCUGCACCUCUCAGAAGUGCCAGCUCAGCUGGAGGAGUCGGAGCUGCUGCUCAACCUUCCGCCAGACCGCAUCGGUCACGGCACCUUUCUGCAUCCUGACGCGGGCGGAUCGCAAAGCCUCGUUGACCAGGUGGUGAAGAAUCACAUCCCUUUGGAGCUUUGCUUGACAUCAAACGUCAAAGGACAAACUGUCCCAUGUUACGCCGAGCAUCACUUCAAAUAUUGGUACCAGUUGGGACACCCAAGCGUCAUUUGUACUGACGACAAAGGCGUGUUUAGUACAGACUUGUCUCAGGAAUACCAGCUGGCUGCAUCCACAUUUGGUCUGGAUCGGGAGGCUGUGUGGACGCUCUCUCAGCAAGCCAUCGACUUCAUUUUUGCAGAGGAAGCGGUCAAGCAACAACUGAAGCACAAGUGGACUCAAAUACAGCCACACGUGCUCAAAUGACAACUUGAGCGCCGUGUCAGCCAACCGCUUACCUCACUUUAUAGAAAAGGGAAAACGACUACCUAUUUACAUUUUCAUAGCAAUUAUAACAUUACAAAAAGUGAAAACACUUGAAACUGUUGUGUUUGACACUCGUGCUGAUUUGUAUAAUUUUAAAUGAAUACAACAAUGUAGACAUGCCUAUGUAUGAAUAUAUUAGGCACACAUGAUUGUGAUGUAAGAAAAAUAAGCAACUAAACUUCUGUCCAUUUCUUGCCUCCAAUUAAAAAAAAA